CCGCGGUACGAGCUGACGUUUACGUGCGCGCCGUGCGGCGAGCGGUCGCGGCACCACGUGUCGAAGCAGGGGUACCACCACGGGUCGGUGCUGAUCGCGUGCCCGGGGUGCCGCAACCGGCACGUCAUUAGCGACCACCUGGGCGUGUUUGGUGAUAAGGGCGCUACGGUCGAGGACAUCAUGCGCGAGCGCGGCACGCUUGUCAAGCGCGGCACGCUCGGCGAGGACGGCGAUAUCGAGUUCUGGGAGGACGGCUCCACUACCGCCCGCGCUGAGCGCGACAAGGACGUGCCGCUGCCGCCGCAGCCGAAGUCGCGGGAUGCUGCUGCCGAUGAGAGCGUGCCCGGGUCGACCUUUGCUAGUGUUCGGCCUGAAGGAAAA